UUCCGGUUUCUUACUACCGGUAGGCUACAGGAAUCUUGCUCCCCGGGCUCUGGAGUCAAUUCAGCUAUUUACCCGCUAUAAAGAAAUGUCAAAUUUGUGUUGACUGGAUAUACUCAAUUGGGAUUGACUGUCGCGGAUUUUUUUCGCACUCAACCAUUUUAGCUGUCUCUCUCAGGUUUGAGGUUAAAGGGCAUCUUGUAUUUAGUGAUGUAUUAAAAUUUGUUCUGCGACGACUCGCCCCAAGAAGUACCUUGUUUUCGCCCAGUUGAGCUGCGAGGAAAUGUCUGGCUGAGGAUUUGUAACCCACGAAAACCUUGGCCCGUUUUGUAAUGAUAGAUUAAUGCACCGACAAUGGCAAACAAGGUACAGGUUUUGUAUGACUUCACUGCUGAGCCUGGAAACAACGAGCUGACCGUGAGAGAGGGAGAGACAGUCACUAUCACCAAUCAGGGUGUUGGAGGAGGCUGGAUAGAAGCACAGAAUUCCAGAGGAGAGGUUGGACUAGUGCCAGAAGACUACAUUGAGCUCCCAGGAGGAGGGGGAAAUGUAGGACAUGUAGCUGCCCCAGUAGCUGCCCACGCCCCAGACCUAUCGUUCUUUGACGCCUUCGCUGCACCAGCCAACAACACCACUCAGAACCAGGCGAGUAAUGGUAAAGACCCGUGGUCGGUAUGGAACCAGGACACCACGGGAGGUUCCUCCAACAACUGGGCGGCCCAGCCAGAGGGCACCGUUACAGGCAAGAGUGCUGCCCCUGACCCCUGGGGCUCCACAGCACCGAGCCAUCCUCAGGCCUACCAGGGCCCAGGAGCGGAGGACGAUGAGUGGGAUGAUGAGUGGGAUGAUGUGAAGUCGAACUCUGAGUCUGGAGAUGGAGGGGCCAUCCAGAGAGGAGGGGCUACUGGCUCCUCCAUGAAGAUCUCCCUCAACAACAGGUUCCCCGGGUUCUCCAAGUCUGGUCCUGAGCUGUUCCUCCUCUGCAAGCAACCACCCAAGGGAAAGGAGAAGAUAACCAUCUAUAUGGGGGAGGUUGGUCCAGUGUGGUCCUAUCCAGAGGCUCAGCUGGACUGUGUCGUAGCCGACCCCAAGAAGGGCACCAAGAUGUACGGCCUGAAGAGCUACAUCGAGUACCAUGUCAUACCCAACACCACAAACAGACCUGUCAAUCACCGAUACAAGCACUUUGAUUGGCUGUAUGAGAGGCUACUGGACAAGUUUGGUUCAGCCAUCCCCAUCCCCUCUCUACCGGACAAGCAGGUCACAGGGCGUUUUGAGGAGGAGUUUAUCAAGAUGAGGAUGGAGAGGUUGCAGGGCUGGAUGACCAGGAUGUGUCGGCACCCUGUGGUCUCCAACAGCGACGUCUUCCAACUCUUCCUGACCUACAAGGACGAGAAGGACUGGAAAACAGGGAAGAGAAAAGCAGAGAAAGACGAGGAUGUGGGAGUGAUGAUCUUCUCCUCCAUAGAGCCUGAAGCCCCCGACCUGGACCCCAUCGAAGUGGAGCAGAAGUGUGAUCAGUUCAGUCGUUUCACCAAAGCUAUGGAUGAUGGUGUGAAGGACCUACUCACAGUGGGCCAGGAGCACUGGAAGAGAUGCACAGGACCUUUGCCCAAAGAGUACCAGAGGAUUGGCAAGGCCUUCCAGAACCUCUCGUCUGUCUUCACCAGCAGUGGAUACCAAGGAGAGGCCACCCUCACCGAUGCCAUGACUUCAGCAGGAAAGACCUAUGAGGAGAUAGCUCAGAUGGUGGCUGAGCAGCCCAGGAAAGACCUGCACUUCCUCAUGGAGAACAACAAUGAGUACAAAGGCCUUCUGGGAUGUUUCCCUGACACCAUUGGAGUACACAAGGCGGCCAUAGAGAAGGUGAAGGAGGGAGACCGGCUGGUGGCAGCUAGCAAGAUCACCCCUCAAGACAAAGUGACCAUGGCUAAACGUGUUGGCACCAUGUCAUAUGCACUACAAGCUGAGAUGAACCACUUCCAUAGCAACCGUAUCUACGACUACAACAGGGUGAUGCAGCUGUACCUGGAGGAGCAAGUGAAGUUCUACGAGACGAUUGCUGAGAAGCUGAAGCAAGCACACAGUCAAUUCACCACCAUGUAAACCUGCCUCCUAAGACUAAAAAUGCAAGAAACAGCUCAACACCCAAGAGAUCUCUCUUUUUCUAUUACUCACUCUGUUGCUUUUUCCCUUUGCGCUCAGUGCAAUUUCAUUUCCUGCAGUCGUUAGCUAAUGAUGCUAAUGUAAUCUGUUUUAAACAGUCUAGGAACUGUUUAGGAAGAGGUGUAGACAGUCGAAACCUAGAUGGGUGGAUUGCAGCAGUGCCUGAUGCACAGUGGGUGCCACAUACAACACCAAACAGCCCAGUCCCACAGGAAACAACACUGACUUCUUCCUGUGUCUCAGGUCAGGGUAACAUGACAAACAUUCAGGCCCUCAUUGAACAUAUUGCACAGUUAAGCAUUGCCCUCACUGCCUCAGUGAUUCACUCAAAAUGCAGAGGUCAAAGAGCAGCUCUCUUCCCCUGGCAAAGAGGAUACUGUUUGCAUUUCCUUGUUUGACUGAAUCCAUGGGCUAGUCAUGACUUCCUCAGUUCCACUACCUUGGUUCCCUGGUAAUGUUUGGAUGGAUGUGUUAUGGAUCUCUCCCUUGACCAAGCACGCCUUUGGAUGUUGUUUUUUGCUCCAUGGUUCUUUAUUAUCCCCUGGUCAUCUUUUGGACCUUAUCACAGCAUUUUUUAAUCACAGCAUUUCAACAGAAAUUGUGUUUGUUUUUUUUAAGUGAUUGAAACGCACUCACAGUUCAGAGUAGAGAUGUUGCAUUAUGCCUUGUCAGUUAAGUUCCAGCAGAUAUGAGAGAGAGUGUGUCACCACGCCCCUUGCUUGUGAGUGGGUCUGAACACUGCUGGCAGUGCCCGCCCCUUCCUUCACUCACUUCCUCGAUCUCUAACAGGAAGCUCGACCCUUUCCUGCCACUGUGCCUUGUUGACGUUCUGUAGAAAAUAGAACUGCAUGCUUCGCUCAUUCCCCCCUGCCUGCCUGAUUUUUUUUUUUUUACUAUUCAUAUCUUUCCCAAAACAUGGAGUUCUGCUUUUCUCCCUUCUGGAAGGACAGACUCCGAUGGGGAAUGUUAGAGGUUAUGCAAUGGGAGCCUACUGCUCGUCCAUGGAAGCCAAACAUCAGCGAGCCAAUGCUUCUCCCAAAGCCAGUGCCAAACAUGGUGGCUGGGUCCCAAUACUCAUAAAUUGCUUCCUUGUUUUCUUUCCUUCAAAAACAGCUGAGCGGUUUCACAAUAUUGCUUUCACCUAUCGAAUCCUUACAUAGCAGUGGUUAGUAAGGAAAUGUGUUAAGACAAUUGGGACACAGCCAUGCCUUUAUCCAGGUGUCUAUGACAGCUCUUCUCUGCCUCACUCCACUUAAUACCGCAGUGCAAUCUUCAAUCAUUAUUUAAUCUCCCUCUUUCUAUUCUCGUCACAUAAAUACAAAGAAAUCUAUAUUCUAUCGGAUGCAUGUGCUUUUUGGUUGUUGAGGUAUUUUAUGUAUAGAAAUAUUUGCGAUACGUUGUCACCCAGAAAGAGGAGAAAUUAAGUUUGAUUUAAUAAAAAUGAUUUGUACUCUCCGUGUA